UCGGUUGGAGGCGGCUCGUAGUUUGUGUACCAAAUGUGCACCAUUGAUAUUUGCAACGUGGGUCUACGGACACGCACGCCUUGUUUGAGUGGCAUUCCCUGGCUUUCACUUGAUCAAUUAUGUCGCGGAUAUUUAACAUUAUAAACGUUCAAGUGCGAAGAGACUUGGCGUUGCGUCGGGGGAUUGCACGACUUCCAAUUCGCACAAUAUCUAGUACAUCAAGAAAAAAUAAUGACAGAGACGCGUCCACCGUGCUUGGGAAGCGCUGGAAGGACACCGCGGACACAGUCAUCAUCGGCGGGGGCUGCGUGGGUGUCAGCCUGGCCUACCACCUCGCCAAGGGCGGCAUGAAGGACGUGGUGCUGCUCGAGAAGUCCGAGCUGACGGCAGGCUCCACCUGGCACGCUGCUGGUCUGACUGCAUACUACCACCCUGGGAUCAACCUGAAGAAGGUUCACUACAACAGUAUCAAGCUGUACGAGACCCUGGAGGAGGAGACAGGACAGGCGGUGGGCUUCCACCAGCCCGGCAGCAUCCGUAUCGCCAGCACCGCUGUGCGGGUGGACGAGCUGAAGUACCAGAUGGCCCGCGCCCACUGGCACCCCACGCCGCAGUUCCUCAUCACACCAGAGAGGGUGCAGGAGCUCUUCCCUCUGCUCAACAUGGACAAGGUUCUGGCGGGUCUCUACAACCCUGGAGACGGCCACAUCGACCCCUACUCCCUGACCAUGGCCCUGGCGGCCGGGGCCCGGAUGUACGGGGCCCAGAUCUACAACCCAGCCCCGGUCACGGGUCUGACCCCCACCUCAGAAGGGACGUGGGACGUGCAGACUCCUCACGGAACAAUACGGGCCAAGCGCAUCGUCAACGCUACGGGAUUCUGGGCCAGAGAGGUGGGCAACCUGAUUGGCUUCCAGCACCCCACUAUCCCGGUUCACCACCAGUACGUCGUCACAGCGACGGUGCCGGAGGUGAAGGCCUUGAAGACGGAGCUGCCCGUCAUCCGGGACCUGGAGGGCUCGUACUACCUCCGCCAGGAGAGGGACGGCCUGCUGUUCGGGCCCUACGAGAAGAUGGAGAAGAUGGUACUGCAGGACUCCUGGGUCAGAGACGGAGUGCCGCCAGGGUUUGGUAAGGAGCUGUUUGAGUCAGACCUGGACAGAAUCAUGGACCACGUGGAGAUGGCCAUGGAGAUGGUUCCUGUGCUGAAGACGGCUGACAUCAUUAAUAUCGUGUCUGGACCAAUCACAUACACGCCUGAUCUGCUUCCAAUGGUGGGACCGCACCAGGGAGCUAGCAACUACUGGACGGCCAUCGGCUUCGGCUACGGGGUGAUCCACGCUGGAGGAAUCGGGAAGUUCUUGAGUGACUGGAUCAUCUCUGGGGAGCCCCCCUAUGAUCUCAUCGAGUGUGACCCCAACCGCUACGGCCGAUGGACGGACGUUCCCUACAUGUGCGCCAAGGCAAGGGAGUCUUACGGCUACAACAACGUGGUGGGCUUCCCUAAGGAGGAGCGCUUUGCUGGCCGCCCCACCUACAGGACCAGCGGGGUGUAUAACCUCCUGAAGGACAAGGCCUCCAUGGGCUUCCACUCCGGAUGGGAACAGCCCCACUGGUUCUGCAAGGAUGGAGACGACGCCGGAUACAAGCCUAGUUUCCGUCGGACCAACUGGUUUGGACCGGUCGGUCGGGAGUGCAAACUGGUGAUGGAGAAGGUUGGUGUCAUCGACUUGACGCCCUUCGGCAAGUUCACCGUGAAGGGGAGGGACUCCCAGAAGCUGCUGGAUAGACUUUUUGCCAACACGAUGCCAAAGGUGGGUCUGACCAACAUCAGUCACAUGUUGACCCCCAGCGGGCACGUGUACGCUGAGGUCACCAUCACGCAGUCGGCUCCUGGCGAGUUCAUGCUGAUCACCGGCUCUGGGUCCGAGCUUCACGACCUCCGGUGGAUGGAGAAGGAGAUCAUGGAAGGCGGCUACGAGGUAGACAUCAAGAACGUGACCGAGGACUUUGGCGUUCUGGGCGUAGCGGGACCCAGUGCCCGGAAGGUUCUCCAGAAGAUCACCGAUGAGGACCUGAGCGACGCAGGGUUCAAGUUCCUCCACUGCAAGACCAUCAAGCUGGCGGGCAUUCCGACGCAGGCCAUUAGGAUCUCCUACACAGGGGAGCUUGGCUGGGAGCUGUACAUGGAGCAGAAGGACAUGGCCGCUCUGUACCAGGCCAUCAUGGCGGCUGGCCAGGAGGAGGGCAUCGAUAACUUCGGUACCUACGCCAUGAACUCCAUGAGGCUGGAGAAGGGCUUCAGAGGAUGGGGGGCCGAGAUGAACUGUGAUACCAAUCCUCUGGAGGCAGGCUUAGAGUACUUCAUCAAACUGAACAAGCCCGCAGACUUCAUUGGGAAGGCAGCCCUGCAGGAGGUCAAGGCCCAGGGUCUAAAGAGGAAGCUAUCCUACCUCACCAUGGACACCGACAACGUGGACCCCGAGGGCAAUGAGACCAUCUGGCUCAAUGGCAAGGUGGUGGGCAACACGACGUCUGGGGCGUACAGCUACAGCACCCAGCAGAGCCUGGCCUUCGCCUACCUGCCGGUGGAGCUGUGCUCCGUGGGCCAGAAGGUGGAGGUGGAGAUGCUGGGGAGGAAGUACGCCGCCAUGGUGGUCCAGGAACCUCUCGUCCUCACCGAACCUACGAGGACCAGGCUGCAGAAGAAGUCCAAGAGCAAAGCCUGAGCAGAAUCCCCAACCCUUGACUAGCCGACGAUGAGCUAUUUCUCUUUCUGGUUUUAAUUACCGUGAAUGAGGAGACACGUGGUUUAUGAAGAACAAAAAGACAAAACAAAGAUGUUUGUAUUGGUUUUCCAAUGCAUUGAGCUUUUUGUUUGAAUGAUGUGAAGGUACAUGCAGCUCGAAGGGGAAGUGGGCAUGGAAACUGAAGCUGUGGUUAUGUCACAAAGGGCCCUCUUUGGUUCAGUCACUUCCUGUUCAGCUUUUUGCCAUUGGUGCAGUUGACCUAAGUUGUUUGUCAGUAUUCUCUAAAGAAGUCUUAGAUGGAGUUGAUCUUCUUAAAUUUUACUGUGACGGUGGUGAUGCUUAAUGUAUAUUUGCUUCCUGAUGCAUAAUUGCCUUAUUCUUUAUCUUGAAGAAUUCAAUACCUACAUCUUAAAUCAUAAGCUUUUAUAAUGAAGGGAAAACUAAAUAGUAUUUUUCAAUAGGUAGGUCUAAUAUAUUGCAUACAUUUGCUUAAGUUUGCAUAAUUUACAGUUGAGAUGUGAUAACAUUUCAUGGAUGUGUUGAACACAGUCGUUCAAUUGAUUUUAAUUUAACAAAAUGAAAAAUACAAUGUCAGAUAUACAGCAAGAAACAAAGGGAACAGUGCUUACAGCACACUACUUUUUGUACAUUUUCACAAUACCGUUGAUGUUCAUUAAACUGGUCCUGUUUAAUUUAAGCCUAAUUUAAAAUGUAUUAAAUAAAAGGCAAUAGUUAGAAAACGUUGUUUUCCAAAACAA